UGUUGCUCUGAGCGACAACUUGUUUUAGGCUUUCACUUAAAAAGAAAUUCUUGUUUUUUCCACCAACAAUAUGUCGCACAUUAAAAAUAUAAUUCCUACAACUGUGAACCCUGAUCUGCAAAAGGAGCGAUCAGCGGCAACCUUUGAUGUAGAAGAGCUUGCUGUGUGGUUUCAACGCAGUGCGGAGAAACUAAAAACAAAACGUGAAGUAGAGCGCGUAGUCUUUGCUAACUUGGAGGAUGGUUAUGGCCUGAACCAUGAGUAUAUGUCCCAUGAGGAUCUCUACAAUUCCUCAGUGAAGAAGGUAGCUGAAGCAGCUCCCAAGUUGAAAGCUCUGCAGAAGAAGCUGAAUCCAGGAGGCAAGGAUAUUUGGCCUGGAGGAUUGAUCUCUGAGAUCGGCAAUGGCUUGUUUCCCGCUAACCACCCGCUAGCCACGCACACCUCAAUGUUUGUGGACGUGAUCAAUGGUCAGGGCACUCCCGAGCAGGUGGCCAAGUGGGGUCCACUUGCGGAGAACUGCAACAUUAUUGGCACCUAUGCUCAGACUGAGUUAGCUCAUGGCACCAAUGUGCGGGGGAUUGAGACGCGAGCUGACUACGACAUCAGAGCUGGGGAAUUUGUGCUGAAUACCCCCAACUUGGAGGCCUACAAGUGGUGGCCAGGCGGCUUGGGUCACACGGCCAAUCAUGCCAUGGUGGUGGCUCAGCUCUACAUAUCUGGCAAGCAUAAGGGAGUGCAGAUGUUCAUUGUGCCGCUGCGUCAUCCGGAAACACAUUUGCCACUGCCGGGCAUCGAUGUGGGUGAGAUUGGAAAGAAGCUGGGCAUGGCUUCGGUCAAUCAGGGUUUCUUGGGACUGAAGAAUGUGCGUAUUCCACGCGAGAACAUGUUGAUGAAGUUCGCCAAAGUGGAUCGCGAUGGCAAAUUUACAGCCAGUCCCGUUUCCAGAGUCAACUACUUGACCAUGGUCUACACACGUUGCCUGAUUGUCGAGUUAAAUACUCAACUGCUGUUGGGGGCGGCAACCAUCGCAACUCGCUACUCGGCUGUGCGUCGCCAGAGUCCCAUUGAGCCAAACGGUCCUGAGCCACAGAUCAUUGAUCACGUGACGCAGCGUCUGAAGCUCUUCCCGGAGAUUGCCACAGGCAUCGCCUAUCACCAGGCAGCGGAGUACAUGUGGGAGCUCUACGAUCAGACGGUGCUGGAUGCCAACAAUGGCAAAUUCGAGCGGCUGCCCGAUAUGCAUGUUCUCUCCUGCGCCCUUAAGGUGCUCUGCUCCACCGAUGGCUGUGCUGGCAUUGAGCGUCUACGUCUCUCCACUGGCGGACAUGGCUAUCACAUUGCUGCCAACCUCAGCAACAUGUAUGGCAAUGCGGUGGCCUCGUAUACUUACGAGGGUGAGAAUACGGUGCUCCUACUUCAGAUUGGACGUGCUCUAGUCAAAACCUGGAACAACUUUACCCAAGGUAAAGGAGUGUCUUCAUCCUAUGCCUACUUUGAGCCUUCAAUGAGCCUGAAGGAGUUCCCCAAGUGGGACAACUCUUGGCAGUGCAUCGUCAAGGCGCUGCAGUACACGGCAACACACAAGACGCGUAUUGCCUUUGAGAACCUGUCGGAGCGCAUCGCUGCUGGACAGUCCCAGGGACAGGCAGCUAACAACACUGGCAUUGAGCUGACGCGUGCUGCCGAGCUCCAUGGUCGCCAGUUUGUCUGCCAAACGUUUGUCGAACAAAUUACCGGACCCAAGGCCCAAAAACGCUCCAAGGCACUGAACGAAGUCCUGGAAAAUGUGCUGGAAAUGUUCCUAGUGCAGACUGUGCUCAACAAUUUGAGCGAUAUACUGAGAUUUAUAAACUUGACCGAUGAGGAUCUGAGAUCACUGCAAAAACGCUUGGAGCAAUCGCUGGAGAAAUUCCGACCAAAUGCCGUCGCCUUUUGUGAUGGCUUCGAUUUCCACGAUCGUGUUCUCAACUCCGUCUUGGGCAGCUACGAUGGCAAUAUUUAUCCACGACUUUUCGAUGCGGCCAAGCGCAGCACCAUGAACCAGAAGCACGUUCAAAAGUCGUUUGAAACGCAUUUGAAACCUCUGAUGAAGUCAAAUUUAUAAAUUGCGCAAUUGUGUGUACUUAAUUUCUACUUGGUUGUGUUGUCUAAUAAAAAUGCAUUUAUCAGAAAA